AUGGAAGUCAACAAAGAGAAAAUUCGGUACAUUUUACAGUUUUUCUUUGAUAAGGGCGAAAAUGCAAGUCAGGCGGCUGAAAAUGUGAAUAGUGUUUAUGGUCCCGAUACUGUAACAGCUAAUUACGCGCAAUUUUGGUUUCGUCGAUUCCGUUCGGGUAUUUUUGACGUUAAGGAUGCCCCUCGCACAGGCAGGCCCGUCGUCGAAAAUGUCGACAAAGUCACUGAAAUCAUCGAAGUGGACCGGCAUGUUAGUAGUCAUAGCAUCGCCCAGGAGUUAAAGAUCGACCACAAAACAGUUUUAAACCAUUUGCACAAAGCUGGGUUCAAAAAAAAGCUUGAUGUUUGGGUGCCACACCAAUUAACACCAAAAAACAUGAUGGAUCGAAUUUCCAUCUGCGAAGCCUUGGCCAAACGUAAUGAAAUCGGCCCAUUUCUUAAGCGGAUGGUGACUGGGGAUGAGAAAUGA